AUGCCUGCAAACACAACGACGCAAUCACAUGGAGGUGAGGUACGCCUUGAUUGCUUAUCUUAAUGAUGUUAAAAAAAGUUUUGCCUGCGUUUUAUCUCCACAGUACUUUUUUGUCUCACUAAACUGGCCAGUCAAACAAAAGCUGCUGGAGUUGAAGACUUGGUUGUGGUACGGUAUUAUACUUGAACUAUGCCAAAUAAAAAAACUUCAAUUCUGCUCUUGAAGGAUGAUACUUCUCAAGGAGCUAAACUUCCCCUGAAUUUCAUUCGUCGCUUCCACGCAGAGCACUAUUACAGUAAUAAGGAGGAAUGCAGUCAUUCGACAUGGCUGAAGAAAUAGUAAGUCGAUAAGAAAUUCUUUUCAAUUGAAAUCCAAUUUCAGCGAACCAAAAAAAAUAACUGAAUUGGUCGGAAGGCAAAUUAGCGGGCCCCGAAUUGCGAAGUUGCUGGGAAACUUCGAUUACUUUUCGAAGGUUGAUUUUCUAUAAAGUUCGUAUAAGGAAAACAAGGCGUUUCAGAGAGUUUUAGUGUUGAAAGGUCCAGAGGGCGCAGGAAAAGCAACUAUCUGCAGAACCAUUGCUAAUGGCUAUUUCAACGAUCCAGAAGAACAUAAGUUGGUUAUUUUAACGCUAUAACUUUAUUUUUGUUUUCUCAGGCAAAACGUUUGCGUCAUCUACGCUGCAAAAGAAAAUCGCGACAUCAUAGAUACAGUAAGACAAACUCAUACUGAUAAAUUAACGGAGUGAAUUGAGGUUCGCAAUUUCUGCGACAUGGACCAACCGAAGCCAGUAUAUGGAAGAAACAAAGUUUCUUGAAUGGUAUACGGAGAAAUGAGCCAUUUGUUCCAGCUUUUCAUCAUCCAUGACAUUGACCUGCUUUCGGCGAAUGACAUGGAGCUUCUGAUGACCACCAUCGACUGGCACGUGACUUACGAAAAUUGCGGCUUUGUCCUCACCUGUCAAACCACGAAACCUGUCGGCAAGAGCUUGCUCUCCACUUCGAUCAAGGUCAAUCUUGAUAAGUUCUCACGAGACGACGUUAUUGAACGGUAAUUCGAAAAGGUAUUAUGAUGCAAUGUGGAAAUAAACCUUCAGAUUGAAUCAGCUCGUGAGAAUUGAGAACAUAGAAGUUCCAAGUUUUCUGGCGACAAAGGUAGCCAACUCUUGUGCAGGUAACUUGGGCUCUGCAAUCAGUACCUUCCAGCAUAUGGUCGAGUUUCAUCUUGCCAAAACGGUAUUGCGUUGUAAAAGAAUACUUAGCAACAAAUCUUGCAGAAAAAGUUCGGCAGACCGAUCUCGGAUGCAGAAACAUACUUUUUUGUGGCGUAUACUUAUGAGCGACCGACUUUGGAGGAAGUCAGUCACCUCCAGAAAAAUUAAUAGAUACAAAGUUUUAUUCAGGUAAUGGCCAUAACUCGAGCUCAACAUCGGGAUAAAGCACGAGAAUUGAUAAGCUUUUUGUACAGUAAAGUUGGAGAAGACCCGAACCGACUCUUCACUCUGGUGAGGUUCAUAAAGAAUACCUCAUUUACUUUUUUUUGAAGUUUUUCGACGCCAUGAUGGUCAAGUGCGCCAAUGAAAGCGAUCAGCGAAAACUUCAACUUUCAAGUGCCUUUACAGUAAGAAACAUUAUGGAUCAAUCAACUUGGAAUGAUUUCAGAUAGCAGCUCGUGUGAUUAAUGCCAGCGCUACUAAACCACCUAUCCAGUGGCCCAAGGCACGACUUGUUCUCGAAUUUCUUGAAAUUGUAGAAGUUUAUAGUAAGUUUUCUUUUUGGAAUAUUUAUCCAGUUAAAAAAAUUGCGUUAGAAUUUCUAUCGUUUGACGUACCAGUGUCCGUUUUCCUGGCGCAGUUUCCUCAAAACAUUUUUUGAGAAAAAUUCAUAUUUGAACUCACAUGGUAGAAGAUUUUAAGAUUUUUUCUGCGGGACAAGGGCGGGCCUGAAUCGAAUAGUUUGUAUGUCAGAAUUUUCAUACGUUAAAGACAAAAAAGUAUUCAGAUUUCCAUAAAACUUUAGUCCAUCUUAAAAGCCUGCUCAUUCUUCUUAAUACUUCUUCAAAUAUGUAUGAUUUUGAUCAAAAACAAACCUUGGGAAGAGUUCGAUUUUGAUUGACAUGAUGAGGAUAAAGCGUGCGAUAAGUGGUUUCAUCAUUGAAUUUGACGGUUUGUUGUGUGUGUCUGAAAGCUUUUUUCAAUCUCUCCAUCAAUAUUUUCAGAUGAAACUGUGCCGAAUGCCGAUCACUGA